AACGGUUUCGGUAAAUGACUGCGGAGUCAUCCGCCUGAAGCGGCGGUGAUUCACGGCAGUUACCGAAGAGUAGAGAGGCUGUCUGCAGGCAGACGUCCAAUGUUAGUCGGGGAGAACAUGCUGUCUCUGUGCCUGAUCUGGGGUUUUGUCUUACACGGCUCGGGUCAGCUGUCUCACGUCCAGCAGUACGAAGUGGUCCGACCUCAGAGACGUCACGAGAGACGGACCAGGAGCCUUCAGGACCAUCAGCUUUAUCCUGACGCAGUUCAGUAUGACUUGACGAUUGGAGGCAGAAACCACUCAGUUCAUCUGGAAAAGAACAGGAAUCUUAUUGGUGAAAGCUACACUGAGACAUAUUAUUCAGAGGAUGGCAGAAGGGUGACAACAUCACCAAAUGAGGAACACUGCUUCUACCACGGACAUGUUCAAGGUGAGGCUGACUCCUCGGUCAGCGUGGGAAUCUGUUUGGGCAUCAGCGGCUUCCUGAGAGUCCGGCAGCAGGUUUACCUGAUCGAGCCUCUGGGACAGACUGCGGACGAAGAGCACGCGGUCUACAGACUGGAGCACCUGAAGACGCCCGGCCAGCCCGGCCAGCCCGGCGCUGGCUUCUCUUCUAAUACCUCCAAAUUGUUUGAUCGGGACCAGAACCAGGAGCCGAACCCUCAGCCAGAAGGCCUCUUCAGGUCCAGAUCAUGGAAAACAAAAUCACCACCAGGGCCUCAGAAGUUUGUGGAGUUGUACGUUGUGGUGGACAGCACUGAGUACAAACAUUAUCGAGACGACACCAGGUCGCGUAUUCUCGGCGUCGUGAAUCACAUUGAUAAGCUGUACCGCCUCGUCAACAUCCGCAUCGUCCUGGUGGGCUUGGAGAUUUGGCCCUACAAAGAUCUCGUCGUCGUGGACGGAAACCCAGACACGACUCUGGAGAACCUGAUGCUGUGGCGCCAGGCCGACCUCUUGAAGAGAGCAAAGCACGACAACGUCCAGCUUGUGACGGGCAAAGACUUUUCAGACGACACAGUCGGACUGGCUAAUAAGUUUGCCAUGUGCACCGUGAACUCUGGGGGAGUCAAUCAGGAUCACCAUGGUAACCCGCUCGGCCUCGCCUCUACCGUUGCUCAUGAGAUGGGGCAUAGCUUCGGCAUGUCCCACGAUGCUGCGGGGUGUGUGUGUGGCCCAGCUUACAGCAAAAACUGUGUAAUGACCGAAAAGCUCAAUGUUGGAGGCCAGGGCUUCCCAGACUUUUUCAGUGACUGUAGCAUCCAGCAACUCGCUCAGUUCAUGGAGAGAGCUCAGCCCAGCUGCCUGGACCCGCCAGGCCGCAUCAGCACCAUCGCAUUAGGCCCUCGCUGCGGUAACGGCCUGCUGGACGGCGGAGAGGAGUGUGACUGUGGUACAGCAGAGGAAUGCGUCAGUCCUUGCUGUGACGCCUCGACGUGUCGCCUGACUGAGGGAUCUCAAUGCGCUCACGGAGAAUGCUGUGAAAGCUGUCAGCUGAAAGCGUCUGGCAGCAUCUGCCGGAGAGCUGCCGGUGGAUGUGACCUCCCUGAAUACUGCAGCGGUGACUCAGCGGAUUGUCCUGGAGACAGCUUCGAGAUGAACGGCAAGCCUUGUUACAGCCAGGCGCCGGGCUACUGCUACGACGGCCAGUGUCCCACACGAGCGAAGCACUGUUGGAGGCUGUUUGGAGAAGGAGCCAGAGAGGGCCCCGAUUUUUGUUUCGACCUGAAUAAACGGGGUCAGGAAGGCGCCAACUGUGGGAGGGACGGACAGAGCUUCAUUAAGUGUUCCCCUCAGGACCGGAAGUGCGGGUCUAUGUUUUGUGUUGGAGGGGAGGAGCCAGUCACAGGUAAACACGCAGCCUUCAGCGUGUUGGGUGAGGCGUGUAGGGUUCUUGUUGAGGUCGAUAGAACCAGAAACUUGGACAUGGUGCCCAAUGGAACCACAUGUGGAGACAAUAAGGUUUGCCUCGGCAGCAAAUGUGUGGACGUCUCAGUUUUCGGCAAAAGAGAGGACUGUGCAAAGAAAUGUAACAACAACGGGGUGUGUAACCACAAGAAUGAAUGCCACUGUGAUCCUGGGUGGGCUCCGCCGCACUGUGACAUCAAAUAUGCGGAGAUACCUAAAGGUCAGACUGUGAUGACAGCUGGAGUGUGUGCAGGGAUCUCCACCCUGCUGGUGAUCGCUCUGGUGAUCGCAGGACUGAUGUGCUGCAGGAAGAACAACAUGCGGGACAGAUACAUGUAUAAAAGGAAAAAACAAUCAUCUCCUGGUAAACUGAACUCCUCCGUGUUCCAGGAAAAAGCCGUCAGAGACAGACCUCAGAUCAGCCAGCCCACUCUGGUGGGGUCCACUUCCUCUCGGGUCUGCCGUCCUCUGGUUGUUGCUGUGACUCCCUGCAGACCUUCUCCACAGCCUCCUCCCAAACCUUCUUCAGUUCCCUGCACCUCUGAGAGCGAGCCGAGUCAUGGAACCAAACCACGUCCUCCACCCGUACCUCCAGUCAAACCCUGCCCUCCUCCGGUUGCCAGAUUCAAGAAUCCUCCUCCUCCUCCGCCGCAGGCGAAGCCUCGCUUCAUCAGCCCUGCGUGACGUUCCGGUCAGUCUGAAGGGUUGAAAAUACACGCGGCCCACCGGCGGUGGAGAAGCUAAAGUUCAAAUAACUUUUAACAACUCAAGACUAGCAGUUGCACAGCUGCUAUGCAACUGUGAUGCUUUUACUCUGUUUGAAAAAACAAAAACUCUUUUCUACAUCUUUACAUCAAAUACCCACAUGCACUUUGAUUUUUUUUUGGUAUUUAUUUCACAUUCGUGUAGGUGUAAGAAAUGUAAUAAAGUUAUUUAUUUUUCCUUUAAGGUUCAUUUUUAUAAAUGCAUAUGGCCUUUUUUUACUUUUAUUCUGAAGGCCUCCUAUCCUUACUGCUUGUCUCUUUGGCUCAGAUGCAAACUUUAACUAUUACCUGCUUUUCUAACGUCUCUAAAUAACAGAGACUGAGGGCAGACGGGUCUCGUUGAAUAUUUUCUGCCCAAUAAAACUUCCAAAUAAAGGAGAUGCCUGAUCCACCUCCACUUUAAUGUGAAGGAGCAGUUCUGCUCCCCGGUCCUCCUGACCUCGUCUCUACGGCCGAGUCCACCGCUCUGCACAUUGGACCGGUCUUUAUUUGGACUCCUGCUCUUCUAACCUUGACCCAUAUCUCUUAACAGCAGGCGAGGGUCAGAACACAGACUGGUGAAUGACGCGCUGCUUUUUGAUUAAACUCUUAUUCACCUUGACCAACUUAGACAGCGCUAACCCGCCCGUUCAUUUCCGGCUCGUUUAAACGACUCCUCCGCUUGAGAUAAAGUCUGACUCAGAAGGUCUAAUUCUGAAGGAUUGGCUCCUUUUUUAAAAAAAAAAAAAAAAAAAAAGGUUCCAACUAAAAACAAUAGUUCUCCCCCAUCUUUCUUUUUUUUUACUUUCAUAAAUUGAUGUCCAGUCCACGUUUUCUACGUUUCGUACUUGAAAGGUUAUGAGUGGUACCUGUGUAUGGGAGGCUUUGCACGGCUCAGAUGAGCCUUGUAGCUUUCAUGUUUUGCUUCUCUGCGACUUUUGACUUGUAUUUAAACCACUGCUGUCUCCACGGCAACAGCCAGGGGACACGUGAAGUCAUUACGUUGCUACCAAAACACAAAAUAUGUUUAGUUUUUUUUCUUUGUAGUCUGUAAAAUAAAUGACAGAUUGAAUGUGAAAACCUUUUUUU